AUGAAUGAACUUGGUGAGAUGAUCGGCGCCAAACCGAACUUAUGGUCAAUAUUCAAAGAAGAUCCAAAACUGGCCUAUCAAGUUUUCUUUGGAACUGCCAUCCCAACUCAAUAUCGACUGCAAGGACCCAAUACUUGGAAGGACGCGAGGAAACAUAUCAUGAGUUUUCAAGAACAGUAUCUUUGUCCAUUAAGUACCAGAAAGUGUGCACCAUCAGCAGAAAGUAACAGUCAUAGUGUUCUUGUAUUUAUUUUUGUGAUUGUUUUUGCUAUAGUUGCAAUAAUGCUCAAGGCAUGA